AUGCCAGCGAUUGAGGCCGCAACCUUAGAAAAUGUGUCCAGCAUCACAGACACAUUUCUUGCUUGCUUCAAUGAUGAAUAUUUUACUGAACUGUUCCCUCCAACCGAAGUUGGUGUGAAGUAUCUUAAUGAUGCUUUCUCCGCAUUCCUCGAUGACAAGUCGGCAGGAUUAUUCAUAAUAAAAGAUGAACAAGGUAAUCUAGCCUCUGUUUUGCUGUUUUUUGAACAGCCCGGCGGACAACCACCAAGAAAAUGGACCACGCGAUGGCCAGCAGCCCGAGAGGGAAUGAACGGCCCGAUGAUGGAGGAAUUUUUCCUUGGAAUGGACACGCAGCAUCAUCAGGUCAUGGGCGAUAAACAGCAUACUUAUGUCGAACUGGUCUUUACGCUUCCAUCCCAGCAGCGCAAAGGAUACGGUACGCAAAUGGUAAAGUAUGUUGCCGAGUUAGUUGGGGCGACACAGCCAUUAUACCUCGACUCACGCGCAUCUACGGUCAAACUCUAUGAACAACUUGGCUUUGUCAGACAGGACUGCGACAUCGAGGGAGAAAUGAUCCCCAUGGUCAAGCCUGUAAGUCGGGGUGAUUCUGUUCAGGCGGCAACAUGA